GCGUGAAGAAAAUAGUUGGUUCACUCGCAUUUCAAGGUUUGCUUGCUGUUGACUAUUUCAGGACGGGAACGGCUUCUCGUCUCUCUUUCGUGUGAUCUGUCUCCUUUGGUGUUUGGUUUGCCUUGGGUGCAUACGUUAAGUGUGUUUGUUGCAUUAGACUAAGCCCACCUUGUUCACACAGAGAGGUAAUUUAAAACAGCGUCCAAAUGGAGAGAAAAUCUUUGGCUUUGAGGGCGCUGAUCAAAAACCACAGCCCUAACAAGGAGGAACUGGACCCUAGGAAGUGGAUGAGAGGGGAGACUGUGCAGGGCUUUGCCGACUUUGUACUGAAUAAGGACUCGGACAAAGAGACAGACAACAGCUUUGACAAUAAAGAGAUGCUGCUUGAUGUAGAGAAGCAGUUCAUGGAGGCAGCCAAGAGAAACGACGUGGAGACCAUGAAGACUAUUGGAAAAGGGUUGAAUGCCAAUGCAAAGAAUGUGCACAACAGGACUGCCCUCCACUACGCAGUAGCUGGCAAAAACAAGGAAGCUGUUCAGCUUCUUCUUCAGCGCAGGGCCAAGGUGGAUCAAAAGGACACGUACGGCGUGGCACCCAUUCAUCUAGCGGCCUGGUUUGGCAGUUUGGAGAUCUUGAAAUUAUUGGUGCAGGCCGGGGCCGAACAGAAGGUCGAGAAUGAGGAAGGAUUGAACAUUAUGCACUGUGCUGCUAUCAACAAUCACACGGAAAUUAUCGAGUAUAUUGUUAGUGACCUACAGAUGAAAGAACUAGACAAAGAAGACAAGUCAGGGCGCCGGGCCUUCGCGUUGGCGGCAGAGCAUGGGUGCGUUGACAUGUUGGAGAUGCUGACGGAGCCGUACGAAAUGGCCACCAUGAAGCCCAACAAGAGAGGCGACACGCCCCUGCACCUAGCGGCCAGGAACGGCCACAUGGAUGCCGUGCAGCUGCUGCUGCUGAGCUUUGAUACACGGGAUGAAGUCAAUGCGGAUGGCGAGACGGCUCUGUACCAAGCUGCAGACAACGGUCACGAAGAAUGUGUUCUGACCCUGCUGGAGUCCGGCUGUGACCCCGACAUCCUCACAACGGCCAAAUGCAGCGCUCUCCACCCAGUUUCAGAGAGAGGAGACAGUUCUCUUGUCCAAGUCUUCUUAGACUACAAAGCCAACACUGACUUUCAGAAUCAACACCUCGAGGCCCCUCUCCACCUGGCAGUGAACAACAGUCACAUCCCCGUCAUCCAUUCUCUACUGCGCGCUGGCUGCAACAUCAACGCCACCAAUAAAAGGUCCCAGACUGUUAUGCAUCUCGCUGCAGAACUGGCCAGAAUAGAAGUUGUGGAAAUGCUUCUUAAAGCUGGGCUGGAUGUGACAAUCCAGGAUACGCAGGGUAAAACAGCUCUGGGUGUGGCAGCCAGAGCAGACGAGGUGAUUAUUGUGGACAUGAUCAUCAAAGCAGAGAGAUACGACACCUGGAGGAAGGCCAACCCUGAGCUUAAUGAGAGUGUUCACAGCGAGUAUCCGCUAACGUUCAAACUCGACCACCGCCAAGAGACCCGCCAGCUCCGCUCGAUGGCCUGGCGCCUGGCGUACGAGCUCCUGAAACCAGGGGACUGGAAAAAACUGGCGGAGCACUGGAACUUCACCAAGGAGCAAGUUUCAGCCAUCGAGGAGCAGUGGACAGGUCCACACAGCUACCGAGAGCAUGGGAACAGGAUGCUGCUGAUCUGGCUCCAUGGGGAGGAUCUGGCUCAGAGGAGCCCUGCGAAAGAACUUUACCAGGGCCUCAUCUUCACAGGGAACAGGAAAGCUGCAGAUAAGAUUCGGAUGGAGGCAGAGAGCGUCAGCCACAGGAGCUGCAGCAUUUCAUGAGGAUAAUCACUGGAACAUCUGGAUUGACAAGAUUAACUGAUAUUAACAUUUUUUCCAACUACUACUAAAAUAAUUUAUUUUCAAAAAUAACAUUGUACAUCAUCAAAUAUUGCUUUAGUUAGGUAAAAUAAAUCUGUGGUGUUGGAUGGUCAAUCCCAGUGGAAAUCAUCUUUAUCAACAGCACAAAUAUUUAAAAUAUGUGGUUUUACACAUGACAGCCAUCACCUGUGCAUAAUUCAAAGUGAAACUUUUUCAUAAAAUAAAUGUCCUUUUUGCAAUUCUUAACUGUCCAUGUGG